GGAUCCUGGGGUUGGAGGGUGAGGGUCCUGGUGCUUCCCAAGGGAUUCCUGGGGGUGUCAAGGGGCUCCCAGUGCUUCUCAGGGGCCGGCGUCAUCCAGCCGGGCCGCGGCUUCGUCCUGUAUCCCGUCAAGUACAAGGCCAUCGUGUUCCGGCCCUUCAAGGGGGAGGUGGUGGACGCCGUGGUGACACAAGUGAACAAGGUCGGGCUCUUCACGGAGAUCGGCCCCAUGUCCUGCUUCAUCUCCCGGCACUCCAUCCCUUCGGAGAUGGAAUUUGAUCCCAAUUCCAACCCUCCCUGCUACAAGACGGUGGAUGAGGACAUCGUGAUCCAGCAGGACGACGAGAUCCGCCUGAAGAUCGUGGGCACCCGCGUGGACAAGAACGACAUCUUUGCCAUCGGCUCCCUCAUGGACGACUACCUGGGUCUCGUGAGUUGAAGUGUGUCCGUUCUC